AUGUCCGCCUUGCGGCCUAAUCAAGUUGAUUUUGACAAAGUAUGGAGUGAGUUACGAUCUUCUGUUGUGGACAUUAUAAAUCUGAAUCCAAUCCCUCGUUUGACCUGGGAUUAUAAAUUCAGUGAUGUGUACAACAUUUGCGUUGCCAUCCCGGAUCCUCUGAGCGAUAAACUGUACAGAGCUCUUUCUGAGUGCUUAGAGGAGCAUGUAUCCCAACAGUAUCAGGCAAUAUCCAAAGUUCAUUAUGUGGAUUUGUUAAGCGUGUACGAUAAGAUGUGGAACACUUUCUUCCAAGGGACUAUGGUCCUUCAUAACCUUUUUAGAUAUUUAAACAUCCAUUUUGUAAACAAAAAGAAAGAUUUGGACCCUGAAAUUGUAAAUCAGUAUGCUGGAUAUCUAGCAAAACCUAACUUGAAAGAAGUUGGAUGUUUGUCGUUGGAGGUUUGGAAGACUAAACUGAUUCAAGAAAUUCUGAAGAAACUCAUCAACCUCCUCCUAACAGCAAUUGCCGAAGAUCGUGCCGGUAAUCCUCCUUCAAAUAAAUCUGUGAUCCGAGGAGUCAUCAUGUCUUUUGUACAGGUCGAACAAUAUAAUUUUGAGAAAGAUUCACUUCAUGCCAUGAAUAAGAACUCUACUGUUUAUCAUGAGUUUUAUGAAAAUGAAUUUGAAAUACCUUUCUUGAACUCCACGGAAGAAUAUUAUACACUUUAUGCUCAAAAGCUUCUAGCUGAUAUGUCUUGUAGUCAAUAUAUGGAAGCUGUGAUUAAUGCUAUAGAAGCUGAACGACGAAGAGCUGCUCAGUACGUUUGUCCUUCAACCGUAGAAAAGGUUAUAAAAGUUUGUCAGAAUGUUAUGAUCAGCAUCCACAAAGAGAAGUUGAAUGGUGUGUGCAGUGAUCUCAUCCGCAACGAGGAGAGAAAGGAUCUUCAGAACAUGUACAGAUUAUUGAAGCCGAUUCCCUCAGGGUUAACAGUGAUGAUCAAAGAGUUUGAGGAUUACGUACGACAGAAAGGACACGAGGCUUUGGCCAUGCAAAACAUGGAUCCAAUAACUGCACCACAGCAGUUUGUCGAAAACAUUCUUAUGGUUUACGACAAGUUCAGUGAGAUGAAGAGUACCGUCUUCAUGGAUGAUGGAGAUUUCGCUCAAGCCCUUGAUAAGGCUCUUCAAACCGUUGUUAACAUGAGGAAUCCUACUGUACCUAGUAAAUCGAGUGAAAGACUUGCCCGUUACUCUGACAGUCUACUACGCAAGAAUAACAAGAAUAUUUCUGAAAAUGAAUUGGACGAGAAGCUCUCUCGAACGAUCAUCAUCUUCCGGUACAUUGAAGACAAAGAUAUUUUCCAAAAGUAUUACUCCAAGAUGCUCUCCGUCCGUUUGAUUCAUAACCUUUCUGUUUCAAUGGAAGCUGAAGAACUAAUGAUUAACAAACUAAAACAAGCCUGUGGGUAUGAGUUCACUUCUAAGUUGUCACGCAUGUUUACCGAUGUUAAUCUCUGCCCUGAACUCACAGCUGAGUUCAAGCAGUAUCUGAAUGAGAAAGAAAGAUCUCAUCAUGUGGACAUGCAACCCAUGGUUCUUACCGCCGGUUCUUGGCCACUCUCAGCUCCUAAUGCUGGAGGAACAGGAUCACCUGCAACCAACGUUGAAUCAAUCUCUUUCAUCAUUCCCCCAACUCUAAAGAACCAAGUGGAAUACUUCGAAGAGUUCUAUGGCAAGAAACAUAGUGGUAGAAAACUAAGUUGGUUAUACCAUAGCUCCCACGGAGAGUUGAAGACGUCGUAUCUGCAGAAAGUUUAUCUAAUUCAAAUGGGAGCUUUCCAAAUGGCCGCUCUACUCGUGUUUAACUACCAAGAGAGUAUGACUGUAGAGUCUCUUGGUGCUGAAAUUGGACUGACCGGCGAACUUCUUCAAAAGAUUAUCCGCACUCUGACGGACAGUCAAAUGCUUUUGCUCACUGAAAAAGAAGACUUCAACAGCUCUGUUCUAUCAUUGAACUUCAAGAUGAAUGCAAAGAGAAGUCGUUUCAAGUUGCCAUCUGUACAGAGUUCAAAACAAAUUGAGAAAGAAGUUGACACAACCCAGAACACGGUUGCUCAAGACAGAAAAUACUACGUUGAGUGUGCCGUUGUACGUAUUAUGAAAACCCGGAAAGUGCUUAAGCACAAUGUACUCAUAUCAGAGGUGAUGGAUCAGAUUAAGGGAAGAUUCAAACCUGACGUAAGCUUGGUCAAGAAAUGUAUAGAAGACUUGAUUGAUAAACUCUACUUGCAACGUACGGAUCAAAACGAUGAAUAUCAGUAUCUUGCCUAA